GCCGACGGAAGUCCGACGUCCGCCAGUCAAUACCAUCUGCGCCCGCAGACUCGAUUCCAAGCUCAAGUAGUCAGUUUCAGUAUACCUCCUUCAUCAGAGGCGAGCAGAGGCGGGUUUGGCAGUGGCUUCAGGCACAGCGCAGGGCCCGGGCAGUCGGGAGAGGACUGUGGCGCACUUCGCGACGAACUCCCAUACUUGCGCAAUGAGGGCUGCUGAAACAGACGACAAUGUGGGGGCGGCUGGCACGACGCAGCGCCACCUCGGCGCCAAGCUUUGCAAGGACGCCCUGCGCCGACAAGCUGUGGAAUUCUGCCUCCAGACUGGCAUGCACGGCUACAAGUACAUCGCCCAGCCGGGGAAACACGGCGUCGAGAGGGUGUUCUGGGUUGUGGCGGUGGCAGUCUCCAUGGUGGCUGCCGUUUGGACCAUGCUGUUCGCGUACGACUUCAACCAGUCGCACCGCACUCUGCUGGCCGUGGACACGACGCACCACCCGCUGUGGCGCGUGCACGUGCCCGCCGUCACCGUGUGCCCCAGCAACAAGGUGCUGCGCUCCAGGGCGGCGCAGCUCAUCUCCGCCAUGCGUCUGCCGGACGGAGUCACCGAGGAAGAUGCCCUGCAGGACAUGGCCAAACUAGUGGAAAUCAUUUUGCCGCGGGCCGUCAACACGAGCAACCUGGAGCGACUGCAGGCGAUUCUGGACGCCAACAAAAUGAGCGUCGACCAAGUCAUGUGGAUGGUAUCGCCCUCCUGUGACGAGCUUCUUGUCAAGUGUCGGUGGAAGAGGAAAUUGUGCUCCCGCUGUUCAGACCUCUUUCGCAAGGUUCGCACUUCGUACGGCUACUGUUGCAGUUUUAACUACCUCGACCGAGAGCAAGACACCAUCAAGACGAGGACGCAUGCGGGCGGCUGCGUGGGCACGGCCCCAGGGAGCGUGCAGCGCCUGUCGGCGUGUGGCUCCGCCGACGGCCUCUCGAUGGCAGUGUACGUGCAACCGAGCAACUACUUCGCGUCCAUUGUGCCAUCGUACUCAGUCAUGGUACUACUUCACAGUGCUCUUCAAUUUCCCGAUGAGAGUGCCCACACGAAGGUUAUCGGAACAGGCACAAUUAGCCUGAUAUCGUACGUUGCUGAGGUGACGGAGGCCACUGACCGGUUGCGGCGUUCCCUGGAUCCGCGCGAGCGAAAGUGCCUAUUUUCGGACGAGACCUACCUGCCCAUGUACAGGAACUUCACUUUCGGGAACUGCAUGGCUUCGUGCAAGGCCAACAUGACCAUGGAGGUUUGCGGUUGCUUCCCUAUCACCUUCCCGCAUGUCUUGAAUCGCAAGCUGUGCAACCUACUGGACGUUCCUUGUCAGGCAGCACUCUUUUCUCCGACGUGGCCAGUUGGACGAAAGCCACUGAACGUCACCAGCUGCCCACGGUGUAAAGCCACGUGUGAACACGUGCAAUACAUCGUUAAGUCUUCUACUGGUGGCCUCAACUGGACAACCGACCCUGGCAACUACUUUGUAAGCGGUAUGAGUGAUCGCAACGCGUCGGAGUACGCGAUAGUCCACGUGUACGCGCGGAGGAGCAUCACGACACGGAACAAGAUGGACCGCCACUUACUAACGGAGGACCUUUUAGGUUCCCUCGGUGGUCUGUCUGGCUUGUUUGUGGGCUUCAGCCUGGUUGCUGGCUUCGAGUGCGUCUACUUCUUCACCAUCCGUCCUUGCUUCCGAACGCAACGAGGAAUCAACACUGCUUCGAGUACGCCAUGGAAUUCCAAAUCAUCGGAAGAGAAGGCUCAUCAACGCUCCCCCGCUGGUCGCAUUUCACCGUUCGUGCUGGUUCCACCGCGCAUCUUGGCGCUGCGUGCCGACGCCGUCGGCAGGCGUCGUCCGCCCCGUCCCUUCAAGGCGACAGUGGGCCAGUGAGGACCUGCAUAGAAGCGACUUCCUCCUCGGUCGAGACCUUUGCGAACAUCCCACAUUCGAAGGCAUUCUGAGAGCGAGCACCACCUGAGAGCCCCACGCAAAGCUCGCUCCUGUUUCGUAAUUACAACUGAAUGUUAUA